AGCCACCCCGCGCGCAACGAAUUCAGUAAUUGUACCAACGGAGACUGUAGUACGGCACCGCAGAUGAUACAGUUCGCGAGGUUAAGUACACCGUUCGUAGACAUUUAAAAUAUUAAUACUAUAUAGGCAGUCAAACAAGAAAGUUCCUUUUAAUGGAGUUAUAUUGUUUGCGUAAGAGUACGGCGUCAUAAUUUGGAAAGCAACUACCUUAUAUCCCGUAACUUCUACUUUGUUAAGGAGAAGGGCGUAUUGUUUUUUUGUUUGUUUUUCUGAAUUCGUGUUACCAAAGAAGCGUCCCAUCCUGGCCGUUUUUUGUGGAGGUAGAGUUUGGGGGGAUAAUGGAAACACCCUUCUACCAUGAUGAAGUUCUGAAUUUCGGGCAGAGCGUAUACUUGUACAACACUAUGAUGAAGAAAGACAUGAACCUAAACCUAGCUGAACCCGUAGCUACCAUAAAACCACACCUGCGUGGAGACGGCGAGGGACUUCUCAGUUCUCCAGACCUUGGGUUACUAAAAUUAGCCUCCCCCGAACUCGAACGCUUAAUCAUCCAGUCCAAUGGCAUGGUUACCACUACCCCGACCUCCAGUCAGUUCUUGUAUUCUAAGGUGGCUACAGAUGAGCAGGAAUUCGCAGAAGGGUUUGUUAAGGCCCUGGAGGACUUACACAAGCAGAAUCAACUGAAUGGUCCAGGUUGCCAGGCUCAAGCGACAACUCUCGAUCUCAGUUCUGGUACUUCAGCCCCUCCAACGAGCCUCCACCAGGAGUCGCCAAUCUACGCUAACCUUAGCAGCUAUACUAGCAGCGGCGCCGCUACUAUGGGCGGGACAACGGUAAACUACACGACAGAGACUGUGCCCUACCCCCCGCCACCUCAUAGCCUGAUUCAGCAGCAGGCGCGACUACAGGCACUCAAGGACGAGCCACAGACUGUACCGGAUUUACCAAGCUUUGGCGAGAGCCCACCACUCUCGCCUAUAGAUAUGGACACGCAAGAGCGGAUCAAGGCGGAAAGGAAGAGACUGAGGAAUCGCAUAGCCGCUUCUAAAUGCAGGAAGAGGAAGCUGGAGCGCAUCUCCCGGCUGGAGGACAAAGUAAAGUCUCUGAAAACACAGAAUACCGAACUGGCUUCCACAGCCAACCUGCUACGAGAACAAGUAGCCCAGCUGAAACAGAAGGUCAUGAACCACGUCAACAGUGGCUGUCAGCUCUUGCCGCACCCGAUACAGAGUUACUGAAGGACAGUGUUGCUGUGGAUCUGUAUUUUUAAUGAACGUUGAACUUGUUAUGCAAGCCCCAGCUUCUUGAUGGACAAACUAUUGUAUUGACUCGCCCUCCAAUAGUUAAUAUGCAGACGUGGGUGAAAGCGAGAAUGGUGUAACUACACGUGUGCUAUGGGGUCUCCAGCUCUCAAGCCUCAUUCCGAUCACCAAAUAAGCUAGACGAGCAAGUCCGUGGAACUGAUUACCUGUCGGGCUUUGCAGUAGCCAAUGGCAAGGAACUUCAGAUCAUGUCAUAACGAUGGCAUGAUCUUCAUGCAGUAGAUUGCCAUAGACAGUUGCCUCGUGGUCAUGUUGAGCAGCCCGGACUUACACUUUUUGAGGCAUAUUAAUUUGAAAUAAAACUGCUGCAUGGUUUGUGACAAACUUGGUCGGAUAACCCAGUUUCUGCACCAAGUGCAUGAAUUCCAACUGUACUGCCUUAAAUGUUUACAGCACUUAGUGUGUGACACGUUAUAUAUUUUAUACAGAACUGUAGCUAACAGACUGUCUUAUGGUUGCACCAUUUGUGCCAGUUUUUGUAGAAAUGUAAAUGUGAAAUUUAAUAGUAUAGCUUUUUUUUGUUUGUAUUUGCAGUAUUUAUGUUGUACUGGGAUCAAUGAGUAUUUUGAUAUAGUGUACAUUCCAGUAUGUUAACACCACAGUGAACGCUGAAUAAUAAAAUAAUAUACACUUCUCAUUGCAUUUAAGAAUUAUUUUGAUGAAGCUUUUAGGCCAGUAGGGGAGGUAGUAAUUGAAGUUAAUUUGUAGUUCCUGGAUUCUCCACAUUGUAAAUAUCUGACCAAACACUUAGCCGCCUCUAGGGGCUGAGUUUUUUCUAACAGAAUGUAAGACACCUAAGCUUUCUAUACUUAUUUAUUUAAUUUUGAAUUUUUUUUUAAUGGUAAAAUGCAACAUUGACUCUACUUCAUUUAAUUGUGUAAGUAUAAUAAACCAGGAAACUGUGUGAACAUACAAAAAGCCAUUAAGUUACAGAGACCAAAUAAAUAUGUACGCAAUUUA